CCUGGGCUCAGCCAGACUUUAAACCCCAGUGGUCCUCAGCUACAUAUAAUUCAAGUUUGAACCCGUUGAUGUAGAUAAUAUUCAAAAGAUAUUAUAACUUAUAACUAUAAUUAUAGUGUUGUUAUCAGUUUUACCUCAGUGUUAAUUAAAUCUAUGGGGUUCGUUUAGAAUUUAUUUAAACAAGCUACUGAAAACCCGAAAAUAAUCUUUCGUUUGCUUUGUCGUACUGUUUCAGGCAUUAGAAAUAAGAGGAGUAACAAAAUAGCAAAAGAAAAACAAAACCACAUUCGUGGAGCUGAGACAUCAGACUGCGAGGGACCGACAGGCGUGGAUCUGAGGACAUUUGGACUUAUAAAAUGGGCUUGGUUGUGACUCUGGCAGUAGUCAUGGCCUCUCUGCUCAGUUUGGCUUGUUUGAGGUGACUUACAGCCCUUUCUGCUCUCUGGUCAAUGUUCAACCGACUGACCCAUCAAGAUUCAGCAUCAAAAACCUGACAGAAAUCGCUACGGGCCAAUGGCGGUUUGACGUCAUUCUUAUCCAGGCGUACGAUUACGAAACGGUGGACCAGGUCGGCAGCGCGGUAAUAAUUGUGAGAGAUCUACCUGAUGAGCCACCAAGGUUCGAGAAAAGAUUGUACCAAGUUACUGUUCCCGAGUUUGCGGACUACCAGCUGCCCCUGUUUUCGGAAGCACUGGGGCAAGGGAUGGUGAACGGUCUGAUGGCGACAGUUGUAGAUAUAGUGCUCAAAACUCCCCUGGAUUAUGAAACCAGCAGACGAUACGACUUCUCCGUCAUAGCAACAGACAGUGUGAAUCUGACAGACCAGGCUGACGUCAUUGUGAAUAUAGAGGACGUCCAAGAUAUGCCGCCAAUGUUCACAGUGCCCGUUUACAAUGGACGCAUCAGCGAAGCUGCAAUGCCUGGCACCCCAGUGCUGGCUGUCACAGCUCGAGAUGGAGACAGUGCCGCUAUCCAGAACGACAUCGUCUUCUCCAUUAUACACGAGAACUCGGACAAAUUUAGCAUUGACGCAAGCACAGGGUUGAUAACCACGUCUGGACCCCUGGACAUUGACGACAACGAGCUCCUAAGCAAUGGACUGGUUAACCUCACCAUCCUGGCCAUCAAUAACCAGUUCCGCCUGCAUGUGGAAAGGGACGGGGCGCCGUGGGAUGUGUUCAGGACAAACAUAGAGACUCAGUACUCCCAAGCCUCGGUCUUGAUACAGCUGAAUAAGGAAGACUCUCUUCUUGGUCUCGGGGAAUCGUCCAUUCACUUUCAGAUCGUGGCCACCGAUGUCCGUGCAUCCUCUCACAACCUCACGGCGUCUGUGGCGCAGAUGACAGUCUGGGUCAAAGGUCAAACGACUCCGCCCCCAGCCCCAGAACCAAUCGUCAGUAUACCCUUGAGCACAUCUGACAUCAUUGUCUUUAUCGUUGGCAUUCUACUCCUCCUGAACGUAGGCCUCACAAUUUUUCUUUGUUACGUCCUAAGAGGAGGCAAAAGAUCACCUUUGGGGGUUUUCGGUCGAAAUUCGAAAUAUUAUGUUUCCGAAAGAAGUAGAAAUAAGGCUAACGCGGUGAUGGGGGAUGGCGUAAAGGGUCUGGAGGAUGGUAAGAGCUCUGAAGAAGAGGAGACGCAACUUCCGAUGCCGAUGACAACACAGAAGGUAAUCGUUGGGGAAGAAACAAACGCCCCCCAAGCUGGACCUGGACAAGAGACGGCAGUGAAACCCCUCAGAAACACUGUAGCAUCCGCGGCCAACAGGAAUAGAUGUGACCUUACCGAAUUAACAGAAAAGUUGAAUUCGUACACUCUAAAUAAAGAAAGCACUUCAUUUGCAAAGAGCAAUGACAAUAACACAGGAAUUAACAGCGUGGAGCAAAGCACUGAAGUAGGCCAGGAAAACAAAGCUUUUCUGCCAGAGCAGGGCGCUCUUCGAGGUGGGGAGGAGAGAUCGGGUAAUCGUAUCAAUAUCCCAGAAAGCUCUAGGGCAGGACUUAAUAUUUCCACUGGUGUCACAAAACUGGAGUCGAAAGUAAUCCAGCCUAGACCUGAUAACAGUGAAAACUGCACAGUCCGUCCUUUUGAACAAUCGGGAAAAAGUUAUCAGCCGAAUGGCAAGAGCGGGGCAAACAGCAACACUUCCAGUUUUUCAGAACGCUCUACGGGAGACGCUGUGCCUCUCAUCAAACGACCAAAAAAUAAAGAGUCUAUCAGUCAACAACAACAACCGCAGCAAACUUCUGACAAAGGUGCAUCGCCAUCGACAUCGAAAGACAAGUCGAAUGUGACUAAAACUGAUGGAGGGCUUACUCUCACUAAGACUCAAAACAAGGACGCCAAAAAUAACUCGCAAGAGAAAGAUGCUGCAACAGCCCCGAGCUCUGUGUCCACAUACAACGCCAUGCCUGUCUUGCCAGGGGGGAGAACACAGCUGACGCAAACUGGUGUGCCCCCCGUGGCCUUGGCAUUGCCUUCCAGCUCAGGAACCAAGCCUAGAGAUGCUUACGUCACCGUCACUAACCCUGUAUAUAAUUUGCCCUCUACUCUGGGGAAAGAAAACGCACCCAAACCUGAAGUGAGCACUGGGUGGAAAGCUCCUGGGAUCUUCCAGACCUUGUCGUCAUCUCUCGAGCCGCCAACAAGCAGCCAAACCGGCGUGAAGGAAGCUACCACGGAGAAAUCUUCUCAGAUGCAGCCAGAAGCCACCCUCCCAAAAGACAGCCAAAAACAGAGCAGCGCACCAGUCAGGCCUACAACUCCUACUCCUGCACUGGAAGACAAAAAGCCGACUCGAGUAGUAGAAGAAACCCCAGGUCAAGACGCACGACAUGUGACUUUUGUCUCCACCAGACCGACGAGUAGCAAAACAAACUUGCUGCAACAGCAGGAUUACGUGAGCGCUGCCAAAGAUCUUCUCAACGCUGUUAACUCAGCUAGCACUGGGAGUCUGAAGAUGUGACGGGGCAUAGUGUGGGGGUGGGUAGUUAGGUCCCAUAAGGAAACAUGGAACUUAACAAGAGGAUUAGAUUAUGAAGAAGACCUUGGGCAAACUAAAUCUACAAGAGAGAGAGAGAGAGAGAGAGAGAGAGAGAGAGAGAGAGAGAGAGAGAGAGAGAGGGGGGGGGGGGGGGGGGGGGAGAGAAAGGGAGAGAGAGAGUGGGGCGCGUACAUAAUAGUACAUACUAGGUGAACAGUCCACAAUUUAAGCGACGCCUUAUAACAUUUAACUCCAUGUUUUUAUACCUUCAUUCAAUUUUAAAACUUGUAGGGUAACAUUGAACUUCGUACAUGUAUUUCUUUUGAUAUCGCGAUUUUGAAGUCAGUUGGGUUCGUUUUGUUUUUGUU